UGAAACUCUUUCUAACACACACUUCUUAUCGGUUGUUUGUUGUCAGUCAUUGCGUAUUUAUUCAUUCUUAUCUCUUUUAUUGUGUGUUAUUUGCAUCAACAGCUAGUAAUUUAGAUUCAUUCAACGUUCCUGCUUUUGAAAACAAAUUUUGUUUUGUUGACUUACAAAGAGGGGACAAUGGAAAAUUUUACUAAAAAUGGAAAGAAAAUUUUGGGCGCUGCUCUCAACUAUCAAAACCCAAAUGGUUCGAAGCCUGCAGACCCAGUUCUGUUCCUAAAACCAUCAACAAGUUACAUUACCGAAGGCGACGAUAUUGUCAUUCCCAGUGUAUUAACAAACGUUUUCCAUGAAGUUGAAUUAGGUGUUGUAAUCAGUGACCACUGCAGAAAUGUUUCGGUAUCUGAUGCACAGAAAUACAUUGGUGGUUAUUGUCUCGGACUAGAUUUAUCUGCAAUGUGUGAGCUUACGUCAGCCAGAGCAAACGGCUUUCCAUGGAGUAUGGGUAAGGGCUUCGACACAUCCAAUCCAGUCUCACGGUUCAUUCAUCUAAACGAAGUAAACGACUUGCACAAUCUCGACAUGUAUCUGAAUGUGAAUGGUGUUCGGAAGCAAUGUGGAAAUACAAAAGAUUUGAUUUACAAUUCGUUUGAGCUGAUUUCGUAUGCAUCCAAGUACAUGACUUUGGAGCCGUACGAUUUAAUUAUGACAGGGACACCGAAAGGAGCAGCACAAAUUGUAGCUGGCGAUAUAAUCGAAGCAGGACUAUGUGAAAAUGCAUUAACUCCAUUGACAUGAAUUCUUCCAACCAGCGACAGUCUUUUUAAAUGUUUAAGUUCUCAUAAACAGCUCAAUCUGUUGGCUGAAUUAUUUAUUUACGUUUCGAAAAGAGACAGACACGCGUAUAACUGUAUAUAUAAGAGCACUCUCCUCAGUGCAUCACAAAGAAAUGAAAAUAACUCAACGCUUUUAAUUCAUGUCAACUACAACUAUAAAUACUUAAUAACAUACAAUUGUACUUAAUCCGUUUGAAUAAUAAAAAUCCACU